GUAGAGAGAUAGAAAGUGAUGUGUCUGUUAUAAUUGCUGAACUGGAUGGAAAACAAAUUGUUAGAAGACAAAUUGGUCCUUAAUGACCAAAACGACGCGACAUGCAUUCCCACUUUCAUGCCUAUCAUCCCAAACCUCCUCCUCUUCUUCUUCCAUGGCAGUUUCAUCGCACCCUUUCUUCCUCUCUCGCGUCCUACACCAUCACCCUCCUCCCCGGCGACGGCAUCGGCCCCGAAGUCAUUUCCUUCACAAAAGACGUUCUUGUCCUCACCGGCUCCUUCGAAGGGAUCACAUACGAGUUCCGAGAGAUGCUUCUAGGAGGCACUGCAUUGGACGCCACCGGAGUCCCCAUGCCCGACGAGACCCUUGCUGUUUCGAAGCAAUCCGAUGCUGUUCUUCUUGGUGCCAUUGGAGGCUAUAAAUGGGAUAAAAACGAGAAACAUCUGAAGUCAGAGACUGGGUUGCUUCAGCUCCGGCCUGGCCUUCAAGUUUUUGCAAAUCUCAGACCAGCCACUGUCUUCCCACAGUUAGUGGAUGCUUCAACCCUUAAGAAAGAGGUUGCUGAAGGUGUUGAUCUUAUGGUUGUGAGGGAACCCACUGGCGGUCAGUCCUCCUUCGGUUCCCCGCUCAUUAUACUGAAUUUCUAGUUGCUGUCCCUGAUUCAUAGGGUUAAAUCUUCUUGUCCGUGCUCUCUGCUUAUUCAGGGGUAUAUAUUUUGGAAAACCCAGGGGCUUUCGGACCAAUGAAAAUGGCCAAGUAUCUUACUAAUUGGAAAAUGCUUCUCUAUAUGAAUUAUAACUUGCUUGUGAUUUGUGAGUGAAAUAUAAACAAAAGCUAUGGUUGCAAUAGAAUUCGUCAAGGUUGUUGACCUUGGUUGAAUACUUAAGUGGAAGAGAAUUCAUGUGCACUAUUUGAUUACAGAUUUUAUUAUUAUACAAUGAUUCAGAAUAGUCGAUUGAGCCAACACAUGUGAAAAAUAUAUCCAAUGAUUCAGAACUUUCACAAUUGUUUGAUGUGAGAUUAUGUUGGAGGGGUUUCUUUCAUAAAGAAGGAUGGAAAAAAGAUUGUGUGGGAGGGACAUCUAAGUUAAUGUGUUGCUUACGGUUUUCAUUUUUUUUUUCUUGGUUUCUCUGCCAUGGAAGAAGAAGAGGAGGUCUGGGACUACGGACAUGAAAGUGGGGGAUGCAUCUGGUGUCGUUUUGGUCACUAAUUUGUCUUUUAACAAUUUGUUUCACAUCCAUUUUAACAACAGUAACAGACACAUCACUCUCCAUCUCUCCACCUCAACAAUCUCCGUUACCAU